GGUCUCUGGACCCUACCGGUUGUGUGGCCCAAGCGGGUGACUGCAGCCAGGAUGGCUUCGAAGUCGGGGGACGGUGGAACUAUGUGUGCGUUGGAGUUUACAGUACAGAUGAGUUGUCAGAGCUGCGUGGACGCUGUGCACAAGACCCUGAAAGGGGCGGCGGGUGUCCAGAAUGUGGAAGUUCAGUUGGAGAACCAGAUGGUGUUGGUGCAGACCACUUUGCCCAGCCAGGAGGUGCAAGCGCUCCUGGAAAGCACAGGGAGGCAGGCUGUACUCAAGGGCAUGGGCAGCAGCCAACUAAAGAAUCUGGGAGCAGCAGUGGCCAUUAUGGAGGGCAGUGGCACCAUACAGGGGGUGGUCCGCUUCCUACAGCUGUCCUCUGAGCUCUGCCUGAUUGAGGGAACCAUCGACGGCCUGGAGCCUGGGCUGCAUGGGCUUCAUGUCCAUCAGUAUGGGGACCUUACGAAGGACUGCAGCAGCUGUGGGGACCAUUUUAACCCUGAUGGAGCAUCUCAUGGGGGUCCUCAGGACACUGAUCGGCACCGGGGAGAUCUGGGCAAUGUUCACGCUGAAGCUAGUGGCCGAGCUACCUUCCGGAUAGAGGAUAAACAGCUGAAGGUGUGGGAUGUGAUUGGCCGCAGUCUGGUUGUUGAUGAGGGAGAAGAUGACCUGGGCCGGGGAGGCCAUCCCUUAUCCAAGGUCACAGGGAAUUCUGGGAAGAGGUUGGCCUGUGGCAUCAUUGCACGCUCUGCUGGCCUUUUCCAGAAUCCCAAGCAGAUCUGCUCCUGUGAUGGGCUCACUAUCUGGGAGGAGCGAGGCCGGCCCAUUGCUGGCCAAGGCCGAAAGGACUCAGCCCAACCCCCUGCUCACCUCUGAACAGAGCCUCCUGUCAGGUUAUUCAGUCCUCCUAGCUGAACAUCUUCCUGCAGAGGGAGCCUCAAGCCCUUGCUUGUAUAGGCCUAAAGGGCAGAUAGGCAUUGUUGUAUCCUGAGCAAAUUAAAUUGUUAUUCUCAUAUGGC